AUGUCACAACAUCAAGAUACAUCUGCUUCUAAAAAUACUAAGUCUACUCCAAAAUUUAGUGUUCCUCCUAUGGGCGUCCCUGAUGAUGAGAUUCUGGAUGUUGCUCCUCUCUCUGUUAUUCCCGCCGCGGACAUUGAUUUGAACCAACCCAUCUCCAUUUAUGCCUCCGCUUCUGCAUGUUCCAAUCAAGGGGGUUUCUACUCCCCUUUCUCAAAUUAUCCCCCUCAUGAGGUUGAACAACCUAGUGGUAAGGGUGAUGAUUCCUCCAGUUCUGAAAAGGGCUUGGCUGCUGAAAGGUUGCGCUCUCUAGGGCAAACCGUGUCUGACAAAGGGAAAUUUAUGGCCUCUAACACGGCCAAUGCUUCCCACUCUGAGAAGCAUGAUGAUGUAAAUGUUGUGAUUGAUUUAGAGGAUGAUAGCUCUGAUGAUCAAGAGGAAAGCUUGAUUCAUCACAUAAAGCCAAGUGUGGCUAAACGCAUGAAGACUCGCAAAGGAAAAUAUGUGGCUGAACUUAUGUCAGCUAGAAAAGCUAAGAAGAAUGCUCACAUUGGUCCCUCCAAACCAUGGAGCAAGGUUGUAAUAAAGAAGAGGAAAGUCAGAGAUGAUUCUGAGCCUGAAGAGGAUGUUGAGGAAGAUGUCCCUGACAUCUCGCUUGCGAAGAAAACUACUGUUAGGAAGUCUCAUGUUAAAGUACAUGUUGUUCAUUUGGAUAACAUCUCCUUCCAUCUUGAGGAUGGAGCUGCUAAGUGGAAAUUUGUGAUUCAGAGAAGGGUAGCUGUGGAAAGGGAAUUGGGAAAAGAUGUUACUGAUGUCAAGGAGGUCAUGGACCUAAUACAAGUUGAUGGGCUUUUGAAGACUGUUGUUGGGUUCUCUCAAUGUUACGAAGGUUUAGUCAAGGAAUUUAUUGUUAAUAUUCCCGAGGAUAUUUCUGAUAAGAAUAGCAAGAAGUUCAGCAAGGUGUAUGUGAGGGGCAAAAAUAAUGAGGGUGCAGGAGAAUUAGAAGUUACAGACAAUCAGGUCUGUAGGGAGAUUACAGCUAAGCAGGUGAAAGUUUGGCCUUUUAAAAAGCAUCUUCCUGCUGGGAAGACAAAAUUGAAAUUUGACUAUGGUAGAUAUAUGUUUGAUCAAAUCAUCAAGCAUGAAACUACUAAUGCAAUUAAGCUGCCAAUUGUUUUUCCCUCUAUGAUAUGUGGAAUUAUCUUGAAUCAACAUCCUGGUAUUUUGUGCUUAAAUGAUUUACCUAGUAGGAGAAAACCAACUCUGUCUGUGCACUACAAACUCUUUGAAGGCAGUCAUGUCGAGGAUAUUGUCAUGACAUCUGCCAUGAGGAGGCCAGUCUCAAAAGUUGGAGCAAUUGUUGAGCUUAAGGAGACAUGCAAAGAGCUAGUUGAAGGGAUUAGGGUAGCCACAGCUAUAAAACAAUCUUUGGAAGCCUUGAUUGAAAGCUUGGAGCAGGUUGAGGGUGAAAAUGUUGAACAUGCUAAUGUCAGUUAUGAAGAAGAAGCUGAAGAUCGCACCUCUAGUGAGAGGUCUGCUAACAAUGAUGAUGCGAGUGGCAAUUCUGCUUCUGGUGCUGCUGAAGAGGCUGCAAACUCAAGCUCUAUUGAGUAG